CGGGGUGAUGGUGGCCUCGAACAGACGGAGUGGAGACGGGCAGCGCAAAAGGAAUCGUCAGCAUUGGAUCAGGGCAGGCGCCGCCAUGGUGGGAAAAUUGACGAGUGCACCGGGCUAGUCCCAGCACCUGUGCAGCGGUGCGCCUCGACUGGGCGACUAAGGAGGCCAACUCGAUAGCCCCGUUUAGGGCAGUGAAACGGAGGGCGGCGGUGGUCUGAAACGCAGGACAGCCAUGGCAAACGAACAGGCACCGACGGCGCGAUGGACUUUGUUGGCGCGGGGGCUUUUUGUAGAUGGCGCCAGCCAAUGUUGUUGUUGUGUUUUGUUGAUGGGCUCCACCAUCCAGGCACGGCUCUGGCAUGCCAUCCAGCCAGCUCGGCCCCUACGAAAGCCGGCCCCCUUGCGUCGUCAACCACUGGUUCAGUCACGGCCAUUCAAGAGGGCGCCAUGUGGUCUGGUCUGGUUCCUUGGGUUGCUUGGACGAAUGGCAGCAUUCCGGUUCCUGUUGUUGCUGGUUGUGCCUGACGCCACGAUGGGUGGUGUGUGUGUGGGUGGGUCAGGCCGUCUACACAGUACAAGCAACCGGAAAAUAGAAAAAAAGAAGGAAAACUCAAAUGCGUGUGAUUUCGCGACGGACUCCAGCCGGCGGCCCGUCCAGUCCAGGCAGAGAGAUAAAAACUCCAGCAUAGCGUUGGAGCCGGCGGAGUUAAGCAUCGACUAGCGUGGCUUAGCCGUGCAACUCCUUUCUCUGGCGGGUGUGAUCCGUCACCACCACCCACCACCACGUGUGCCAGGAGCGGCCGAUCGAGGCAACCCCAAGUGACACAGCAU